AUGAUCUCCUCACCUCCUCCAAACGAUAUUUCGAAAUGCUCACCGUAUACGUAUGCAGUUGCAUCACAACCGCCGCCAACACUCUCGGCUAAACUAACCUCGACGAUUGUUCCGCCGGCUAAAAUUGUGAGAACUUCAAAUUUAACAACAGUCCCGCAGGAGAUUCUACUACACAUCACAAAGCAACUGUGUAUUCUUGACGUCUUUAUUCUUCGGCAAGUUUGUCGGUCAUUAUAUUCUCGUCUUUCCGGGGCGGAUAAUCAACCGCUUUAUUAUUACUUUUUGACGAGCCCCUCUGCCUCUUCCUCUUCGUCGUCCACAGCAAAGACUGGAGUUAAGAAGAAGAGAAGAUUUCCAUAUUUCAAUAAAAGGAUAGACUAUUUCAACUUCACAAAGGAUAUUUUAUCCGGGAAAACCGAGGGUUGUGGAUUAUGUUUAGCUGAGGUCAAAAACGGUGGGUUCUUGGCGUAUAAAGGACAAGUUCUUUUUAAAAGAGUCUGCGGGGUCUGUGCUCGGGGUUAUUUCACAGAACUAUGGCGCCUAGAACAAACCCACCCAAGCGUCAAAAUCCCGCCAUACCAAAGAAUAACAUUCUCCUCAUCAACCAAUUCCCACCCUUUCAACGACCCCCACCCGCACGCCCGAUGGAUGGGUAGCCUCCCAAGAGAUUGCAUUUUAAACAGUGAUCUUAAAUCCAUAAUAUCAUCCUCGCAACCUCUUUCAUCACCAUCAAAGAAGAACAUAGGAAAACAAGCCUACCACUCUCGAUACGACAAGCAAAUUCAUUUCGCCCAGCAAAAGAAAUCAGCAGCAGACAUAGUAAUUGGAAUUCUCUCGACUCACUAUUCAAACUCUUACCAAAGGUUACAUUGGCUUAAAUCUCCGCAUGCUUUCGAAGAAUACCUUUACAAUUCUUUAUUAUGGAAUUUAAGACCUUGGCUUGCACCGCAUUAUAAUAAAGAAAAGGGUCUACCGAAAUUUACGCUGGGUGAUAGGAUUGAAGAGUUAUUGGAUACGUAUACCGAAAGCGAGGAUUUAUCUGAAGAUCUACGGUUAAAGGGUCUUGAAUCCGGUUGUGUGGCCGUAUUAUCUCAGGAAUUGAGGGUUCCGAAGAAAGGGAGAGAUAUUAGAAAGCCGGGGAAGUUGGCGCCUUUGAUAAGGUAUUGGAUUGUGGAGUGGUUAGAGGAGAGAAAUUGGAAAGGGGUGCCGAAAGAUACAGAAAAAAACCUGAGGAACUCGCCUAGAAUUUGUCCGUUUUGUGAGGUGCAAGAGGGAAGAGGGAAAGUUGGGUGUACGAUGGCGUUGACAGUACAUGUUUGGUGUAGGCAUGAAGAGAUGUUGGAGGAGCAGUGGAGGUGGAUUAGCGUUUGA